AAUGGGCAGUGGUUUACAGUUAUAAAUAACAUGCUAGUUUGGAUCCAUUGAAACACACUGAAAGCAAGAAGCUGCUGUUCUCUCUUUCUCUCUUUCCCAUAGUUUCACCCAUCUUUUAAUCCAUCGCUCACAAAAUUAUGGGUUUGAAGGAGGAAUUCGAGGACCAUGCCGAGAAAGUUAAGACCCUCCCGGCCGCCCCUUCGAAUGAUGACAUGCUCAUUCUCUAUGGACUGUACAAGCAAGCUACUGUUGGACCAGUGAAUACCAGCCGUCCUGGAAUGUUCAACAUGAGGGAAAAGUACAAGUGGGAUGCAUGGAAGGCUGUUGAAGGGAAAUCAAAGGAGGAAGCAAUGGGGGAUUACAUCACCAAAGUAAAACAACUGUUUGAGGCUGCUGGAAGUUCUUGAUGUGUGUGUGUAUGACCAAUGAAACUGGUGUAAUUUCAAGCCCUUGUUGGUUACUUGGGGUUUUCAUUACUAUGAAUAAAUUAUGUACUCUUUUUCUAUUGCUAUUAUGUUAUUUACAGUAGAAACUCUUUGAUUUACUUUUAUUCUUGUGGUUAUUUCAAAGUAGAUUUUUACAUAA